AUGUAUGAAGUGGCUAAAUACUACAUUAUUGAUGCUCUUAGCUGUCAGCAGUUAAUGGUUAAGCGAAUGAAAGUGCGUAAUCUUUUAAGUGCUGAUGCGUGGCAGGAAAAAAUUUUAACCAACUUUGCAUCAUUAUAUCCAAGCCUUAUCAUGAUAUAUAAUCUCUCACCUGAUAAAAUCAUUUUAUCUCGAGAGCGUGCUGAAUCUCUAAAGGAAAGUGAGCAUAGAAACCAAGCUGAAAUGAAAGGCCUUUAUCCAAAAAAGCAAGAGCGAGAACAUUAUAGAUGCUUUAAAUCUAAAUACUCUUCAGUUUCCUUUAUUGAUGCCUGUCUAGAUGCAAAAUCACUCGCUUUAAAAGUGUAUAUGAAUACAUUUUACGGUGAAGCUGGGAAUAGCGGAAGUAAAAGGUUUAGUGUAAAAUAUAGGGACACAGAUUCCUUAUACUUUGUCUAUUCAGAAGAAUACUUUCAGAAAUGUGAUGAGGCAUAUGACAAUGAAAGACUUCGUGAUGAAGUUAAUGACUUUCUCAGAAAUGAUAAUGGAUCAUCUUAUCUCAAAAUGGCGUAUGAGGAAGUCUUAUUUCCAGUAGUAUUUACUGGAAAGAAAAAAUACUAUGGCAUCCCACAUAGAAGAGAGCCUAACUUUAAUAAUAAGCUUUUCAUUCGAGGGGUUGAGAUUGUAAAGCAGAAGCAGUCUAAACACUUUCGUGAAGUAGGUAAGAAUGUCAUGAAUAAAUCUAUGAAGGUGGAUAAUUUACGUAUCUUACAUCAGAUUGUAAAAGACGUGCUCAAAGAGAUCAUAGAUGAUAUUUCACAGAUAGAUCUUAAUGGGAUGGUUAAAGCUGCUAUGUAG